GUGAUGCCAUCAUUUCCUGUGUGCUUGUUUCUUUGUUUGUUUGUCCCUCAACCGAUCAAUCUGAUCCAACUCAGGAUCUCUUUGGAGUUUGGACGCCACCAUAGCUUCAGUUUCUCCAAAUCAACGAAUUCUUGAAACCCCAUUUCUCUCCUCAAGGUAUCUCUCUCUAACUCUAUAUUCCAAUUCUCUCUUUGUACUGAAUAGCGCCGCCAUGUACAACACUUGUGUAAGCUCAACUCUCUCGCUAAAAUGCGAUGGGGGUGCUUCCUUUUCAUUCAAUGGUUAUGCUUACUGUACCAAAAAUAGGUUUAGCAAAUACCCAUUAUGCAAUUCACAAUCAUGCUGCUGUUAUUGUUGUUGUUCUUCUUCUGCAAAUUCAAUGCAUAGAGUGCCACUUGGCCCUAGCUAUGCCUGUGGUUUGAGGCAAUCCACUUUGAUUCAGUGGUCCCCUUGUAAAAAAAUGAUCUUGAGGAGUUUAGAUAGGUGCAAUGCGAGUUUCCCGGGUUUUGGCAUUGAAAGAAAACUUUAUUAUGAGAAAUCUUGCUCCUUGAACAAGAGAAGUGUGUGUAGAAGAAGAGAGAGAUAUGGGUGUAUGGGUUUUCAGGAGGAGAGUGAAAUGCCUAGUCUUUGUGAUGUCGACGAGGCUGAGGUUUUGCUCAGUUUGCUUUGCGAGGAUUUGGACGAGGAGUGUGUGGAUUUUAGGGGGAGAAAGGGAAGGUCUUGGGAGAAAAGGGUUGUGGAGAUUAAAGAGAAUAAUUCCAUUGAUAAGAAGAAGGGUGGGAAAUUUGGUGAUGAUAAAAAGUCGUCUGAGGUUGAGUCAAUGGUGUGUGUGUCGAUGAAGGAAGACAAGAUAAAAAACGAGCAUAGGAGAGAAAAAGAGAAAGAUGCUUUACCGAGGGGAGAGAAGUCACGGAGAAAUGCUCGUGAGGUUGUGGGGCGAAGUUUGGUGAAACAAAGGGUGAGGGGAGAAGAUAACAACGAGGCUUUGUUGAGCGGUGAGAAUCAAGAGGCGAGUGUUGUGAGGGACGAGAGGGAAUAUUUUUCAAGAAAGAGUAACAUUGAAAGGGAGAGGAGAGAAGAAGAGAGGGGGGAAGAUUUGUCAAGAAGAGAGGAUCACCGGCAAAAAGUGAGAAAAGAGGGGUCUAGCUGUUCUUCAUACUACUCGCUUUCUUCAACAGGUGAACUAGACAGUGAUAACGAGAUGCAAAUUCAAGGUGAAUUGUCAAACAAGAAUGGAAAGCAUUCAAGGAGUGAAGAAUUUACUCGUUAUGGGGAAGUGGGGGAACGAGUUUCGGAUUGUUCCCAAGAACAGGGAAUGAUCUCGAGUAAGGAAGAUACUUUAGCGGGAUCAUAUGUAGCCUCAGCUGACAUAGACGGUAGCUGGAGAAAGAAAUCCGAGAAGAGGCUUACUGACAUAUCAAUUGAAGAUAGGAAGGAAUCAUCCCGGAAACAAUCAAGGAUUUCGGGCGUUCAUGAAAGUAACUACGGGAAGGAACUUAGUUCCUCCAAGGCAUAUGAUGAUAGGAAACAGAAAUUAACCUCGACUGUGGAUUUUGAUCAGUCCGAGACCAGAAUGAAGCAUAAGCAAUUUCUAGAAAUGCCAGCAAACCGUGAUCCCACUGAAACCAUGACUCGAAUGGAGGAAGCUCGAGAUGAAAAUCGUAAAACUGAUAUUGUUCGAAGGGAAGAUGAAUCUGGGAAGCAUUCUCAAGAAAUUAGUAAAUCACAAAUUCAAGAAGUUGAUGUUAGAGGGGCAUUCACCGGAGAAAUAGAGUCUAGCGUUAGAAGAACAAGCGGUGAAGUUUCUUCAUCUAGAGGUCGGAGUUCUACAUAUAUCACGGAUGAGAAACACAACCAAGCUAGAGAUGAACAUAUACUAAGUACUUACAUUUCGGAGAGGAAAUCGAAGACAAGAUUGACAAAUCAAGAAGAAUAUAAGACCUACUCUCUCAAGUCAUCUCUAGAAUCCAGAGGGGAAUCUUCCCAAACAAAUGUAGAACGUACUAAAAGUACGGAACUUUUGAAGGGGUCUGAACAAACGACAGCUUUAAUGGAUGCAAGGGAUGUGUCGGUGGCUUGUCAAAAUGAUGUCAACAUUGUUAAUGAAAAUGAGACGAAUAAAAGAAUAUCACAGGCCCAUUCAUCUUCUCAAUCGUUAUCAAGUUCUUCGACCGUUGAAUCAAUGAGUGGGUUUGCAGCACAAAGGUUUUUCUCUCCUUCAAGUGCACAAAGUGGUUCUAGUGAGAAACCAAUGGAGCAUUCCCGAGAAACAUAUGGUGAGGUCAAAAGGGGUGAGACUAGUGAGAAACGUUUAGAAUUCGUUUCUCCAGAAGAUGGACUUGGUUCAGCCAAUCGAUUGCAGAAGUACUCUGCAGAAUAUGUUGGUGAAUUUGUUGAGAAAGUAAGGCAUGAAGUCUCCAGUUCUGAAAUCGAGAAAAGAUCCUCUGAGACAAAGUUGGUAUAUGAGGGUGAGCAAGAAUCUCAAUCGAAAGAGCAAGAUUCUACAAGUUCUUUAGGCUCCAGGGCUGCAGGCCCCUCAGAUGAAAUGUGGGUAACUCAAACUCAACCAUCAAUUCAAGAAUCAGCACCCUCUAUUCAAGAAACACCAGGAACAGAAUUAAAGGAUGACACAGAAACAGUUGGGAGUGCUGAGAUCAAGAGAACUGGCCAGUCCAUGUGGCAUAUUAUCGCAGAUAUAGUACGAAUGCGAUGGAUUUCACGUUCUGGUAAGCAUGCUUCAACUUCAGGAUCCGGUGGAACAAGUUCAUCGCAUCAUUCUAAUGAGGCCCAGAUUUCAGGUCACGUACCUGAGGGCAGUGACAGCGAGAGUGUAAAGAAGGAAAAGCGUUUGCUACAAAAAUCUUCCUCCGAACAGCAUAAACAAGAAAAGGUUCAAAUUCAAAGCCAGGGAGAAGAAGUGUCAAACUUAUCAACGGACCAAAUAAAGCCUGAAUGGGAGGACGCUUCAUCUUCCAUUUUGCCAUCUUCAAGUAUUUCUUUGGCAUCAAACGAAGAAACUUUGCAAAAGACUACAAGGGCUGAACAAGCUGCAGCAUCUAGCAGUAGUACCGAGCAAGUAGUUCCUUCAGCUUCAACUGAAAUAUCCAUUCCCGAGGUUAAAGAUGGGGAAGUGAGGCAAAGGAAAUUUCAGAGGGCCAAUCAAAUGAUAAGAGAUAGAUUUGAUGAAUGGGAAGAAGCAUAUAGGACUGAAACUGAGCAGCGGAAAGUUGAUGAAAUGUUUAUGAGGGAGGCACUCCGGGAAGCUCAAAAAGCUGCCAGCAAUUGGGAGGUUCCUGUUGGGGCAGUGCUCGUGCAGGGUGGAAAGAUAAUUGCUCGGGGAUGCAACCUAGUAGAAGAAUUGCGUGAUUCCACUGCCCAUGCAGAAAUGAUUUGCAUUCGGGAGGCUUCUAAUGUCCUUCGGUCUUGGAGACUUUCGGACACCACGCUUUAUAUUACACUCGAACCAUGUCCAAUGUGUGCUGGAGCGAUACUCCAAGCUAGGAUUGAUACUGUUGUUUGGGGCGCUCCCAAUAAGCUUCUCGGUGCUGAUGGCAGCUGGAUUAGGCUUUUCCCGGAUGGAGAUGGAGGAGACGGUCAGCAAUCAACAGAUAAACCGCCUGCUCCAGUUCAUCCGUUCCACCCGAACAUGAGUAUUAGACGAGGAGUAUUGGCCUUAGAGUGUGCAGAUGCGAUGCAGCAAUUCUUCCAACUUCGUAGAAAGAAGGAAAAGAAGUCAGAGUCUCCGCCAUCUCGCCUUCCCCUUUCAAGACAUCCAAACAAAUUGCUCGCUAAGAUGCAUGAUGCCUUCCAUCUUAUGUUCUGUUUGUAAUCAGAACUCCAUGCUGUUUGUAAUCUCUGAUGGAACCUAGUUGGCUAUUUUAUUUGAUGUCACUGGUGCCAAUGUUUCAAGGACUUUGUGUGCAUCAUAUGAUUCAUUUCAACUUUGGCUCACUGAUGAUGUUGUAAUAGAAUGGUACAAAUCAAUCCAAGUGAUUUUAGUUUUUUUUUUUU